GUGGAUAAAUACUAUCGUGAUCUCAUUUUUCUUCCUCAAACCUAGAAUCAUGGAGGUGAGCAAUGACCCUAUUGCAAUGGCAACUGUGGCACCUCUUGCUCCGGUAACGAGUGAGCGACCAAUUCGGGAUGAUCUUGAGACCUCCAUUCCCAAACCUUACUUGGCUAGAGCUUUUGUUGCACCCGAUAUGGAACAUCCUGAUGGCACACCAGAUCACAACCCUCGUGGCAUGAGUGUUCUCCAGCAACAUGCUGCCUUCUUUGAUCUUGAUAACGAUGGCAUUGUUUAUCCUUGGGAGACUUACAAAGGGUUUCGAAUGCUUGGGUUCAACGUAUUGUUCUCUCUUCUCAUGGCGAUCUUAAUCAAUUUGCUAUUAAGUUACCCAUCUCUCCCGGGUUACAUACCAUCUCUUUUGUUGCCAAUUUACAUAUCCAACAUUCAUAAAUGCAAGCAUGCAAGUGAUUCUGGGACGUAUGACACAGAAGGAAGGUAUCUUCCAGUUAAUUUUGAAAAUAUAUUCAGCAAAUACAGCAAAACAAAGCCCGAUAAACUAACAUUGAAGGAGCUAUGGAACUUGACGGAUGGAAAUCGUGUUACAUUUGGCACGAUCGGAUGGCUUGCAAACAAGCUAGAAUGGGGAACUGCAUACCUUCUUGCUAAAGAUGAUGAAGGUUACGUAUCAAAAGAAGACAUUAGAGGUAUCUUUGAUGGCAGUUUAUUCGAAAAAAUGGCAAAGAAGAAUUCGGUUGAAGGUAAAAAGAUGCGUUGAUAAUGAUCCAUAUGGCAAUAGAUAGAUAUAAUGUCUCAUUAUUAUAAUUAGAAUAAUAAAAUAUUUGAACAUGAUGAUAAAGAGAGAUGUAUUGAUUUAUGGAUGCAGUUUAUAUAUAUUAUUUAUAAUAAUGUACUAUCAUCGUAAUGUGAUCA